CCGGCCCACAGACACUCCGGAGGAGGAGGAGGAGGAGGAGGAGGGCGGAGGGGGGGCGACAGCCUGCUCCGGCUCAGCCGACCCGAGCCCCCCGCCGCCUGCAUCCGCCCCACAGCGGCCCCCAGCCGCUCCUCUCCUGCGUCGGAUGGGGGGCAAGCAGAGCACGGCGGGGCGACCCCGGGGCGCCUUCCCCGGCGUCUCGACGGAUGACAGCGCGGUGCCACCCUCGGCCCACUUCGGGCACUACCGGCCGAGCGGCACCAUGGGCCUGCGCAGCCGCUCGGUGAGCUCCGUGGCCGGGAUGGGCAUCGAGCACAGCCCCGCCGUGCCCUUCGGCUUCUACACCCCCAGAGGGACGGACUCGGACCGGGCCGGAGGGGGGUCCGGCGGCACGAACGCGGCCCCCCACGGUACCGGCUACCAGGACUCUGGGGGCGGAGGGCACCACACGGACGGGGUGCUGUACCUGGGGUCCCGGGGGUCGCUGGCUGACACCUUGCCCCUGCACAUCGCGCCACGCUGGUUCAGCGCGCACAGCGGUUUCAAGUGUCCUGUCUGCUCCAAGUCUGUGGCGUCCAAUGAAAUGGAGGUUCAUUUCAUCAUGUGUCUCAGCAAGCCUCGCCUCUCUUACAAUGAUGAUGUGUUGGCGAAGGAUGCUGGAGAGUGUGUGAUCUGUCUAGAGGAGUUGCAGCAAGGGGACACCAUAGCCAGACUGCCGUGCCUCUGCAUCUACCACAAAAGCUGUAUAGACUCGUGGUUUGAGAUCAAUCGGUCCUGCCCUGAACACCCCUCUGACUGACUGACGGACCGCUGGGCUCACUCUGUUCAAGGACACCUCGUGGUCCGGCCAUGGAGACACAACCAAAUCCGAAGAAACAAUCAAAGCGAUCGAAACCUUCUUUUCCCGACAGAAUCCGAGCUGGACCGAGAUGACUGCUCCUCGUGUGCUGAACCAAAAAAGAAGAAAAGAAAACCUGACUUUCCGAGCAUCCCACAUUAAAGGGGCCCCUUCCCGAGCGCCCUCCAUCCUACACCUGCUGAUCAGUCUGCUUUAGAGCGCCUCCACCCCCCCCCCAGCAGCCCCGCCUCUCACAGGGCUUCAUCUGCCGUCCUCUCCGACCCGAGACCGUUCGACUCCCCGACGUGCUUUCCAUCUUGGUCUCUGGAUCCAGGCCUACUUGUGUCCAGCCCUCACAUGGCCUUAACAGGAGCAGGAGGAGGAACAUGAGGGUGAUGCUGAGCUGCAGAAGCGUGUACAUUACUCGGCGGGCCUCUCAUCUGAAUGACUCCAGCUCGUCCUGGUCGCGGCGGAGGGGCUCCCUCUGUCACGGGACCCUGCAGCUCAGUGUGGAAGCCCCCCCCCCCCCCCCCCCCCCUCAGCCC